AUGGACAGCCUGGAGCAUUCUUGUGCCUCCCUGCGGGCCCAGAUCGCAGCCACGGAAAAACAGUUGGCGGGGUUGAAACGCGAGCUGGAGAUCGCUGAAAAGGCUGCUGCCGCGACGAAGACAGGGCAUGAGAAAGAAAGCUCGGGGAGGAAGUGGCCUUUACUCGAGGAGGAGUACAAGCGGUAUGGCCGACAGAUGAUCGUACCACAGCUGGGACUGCCAGGCGAGUUUGCUCUUUUUUUCCCCUUGGUCUUUUACUAUGUGGUUAUAAAUAUACCCAUGGCCAUAGAACAGCGACUGACCAGCUUUUGCAUACAUCCAGGCCAAUUGAGACUUCGAUCAUCCAAGGUUCUACUCGUGGGGGCUGGCGGCCUGGGGUGCCCAGCUGCAUUGUACUUGGCUGGUGCUGGCGUGGGGACAAUCGGCCUUGUGGAUGGGGAUACUGUCGAAUCGUCGAAUCUCCAUCGCCAGGUUCUGCACCGGAGUCAAAACGUUGGCAAGCUCAAGGUCGAUAGUGCGAUUGAGUAUUUACAAGAAUUGAACCCACAUUUAACGUAUAUCGCCCAUCGAUCCCAUCUGACGCCUGAAGAUGCUCCGACGAUAUUCAAAGAUUACGACCUGAUCCUCGACUGCACGGACAACCCUGCCACCCGUUACCUGAUCUCAGACACAGCCGUCUUGCUGGGGAAGCCGUUGGUGUCUGCUUCCGCACUGCGUACUGAAGGCCAGCUCAUGGUGUUGAAUAAUCCGCCCCGAGCUCCAGGCGACAAAACUGGUGGGCCUUGCUAUCGCUGCGUUUUUCCAAAGCCUCCACCGGCGGAUAGUGUCGUCAGUUGUGCAGACGGAGGCAUCCUGGGACCAGUGGUGGGGACAAUGGGCGUUCUGCAGGCACUGGAGGCGAUCAAAGUUCUCUCGGUCCCGCCGGUAGAUAAUCAUGACGAAGCAGGCAACCUUCCUGGCAGUUCGUCCUCCCCCUCUCUUCUCAUUUUCUCAGCCUACUCUUCACCUCCGUUUCGAAGCAUUCGUCUGCGCUCUCGCCGAGCCAACUGUGCAGUGUGCUCAGCAGAAGCCACCGUGACGCUGGAUACCAUCAUGGGCGGAUCAACGGACUAUGUGUUCUUCUGUGGGUCGACGACCCCCCAGGCCCUGCUCGCUCCUGACGAGCGGGUUUCACCACUUGAGUACCGACAACGACAUCCGACCGUCGAUUCUCCCGAAACGAUAGAGAAGAAGUCUCAUAUCAUGAUCGAUGUCCGGGAAAAGGUACAGUUCGACAUCUGCAACCUGGAGAGUAGCAUCAAUGUUCCCAUCUCAACUAUUCUCUCCACAUCCCGAUCAAAUGCCGCCAUCUCCUCUGAGGACCACCCGCCGUUACCUUACUGGGUUCCGGAUGAUGUCAAGUCUGCAGACCCCAAUAGCCCGAUAUACGUCGUUUGUCGACUGGGGAAUGAUUCGCAGAUUGUAGUGAGGAAGCUGAAGGAGUUGGGACUCGAUCGAGACGGAGAGAGGUAUAUAGGAGACAUCCGCGGCGGAUUCCAUGCCUGGCGACAACAAAUCGACCCUGAAUGGCCGGAAUACUGA